GACUCUGCAAGGCGUCAGUCAAGGAGGCAGACAUCACGAAGCUCUCCAAUGUGGAGAUCUUCUCCGAGCCGGACACCGAGGUCUUCAAGCUGAUCAGCCUGGCGCCAGCCAAGCGGCAGGACUGGCACUCGCAGACGCUCUCCUUCAAGCUCCAUCUUGAUGAUCUGAUCGGUGGGGAGACUGGUUCUUCCCCUUCACUGGCCAACCAAACUACGGCUGACUCGCUGACUCCCGAGUUCAACUGCACCGUCGUCUACCUGGCGCAGUGCAUGGCGAUGAACAAGUGCAAGCAGAACUGCAACUCAAUGGGCGCCAGCGCCUUUCGGUGGUUCCACAACGCCUGCUGCGAGUGCAUUGGCGAGUGCGAUGCGGCGCCCUUCGGCGACGAGGAGGCCAAAUGCGAGUUCUGCAUGGACGGCCAAACGGCUAAGGGCGAAGAGCAGGUGGAAGAGCAGGCGGAGAAGGAGCCACAGCAAGAAGGAGAAGGGGAAGGAGGCGUUCAAGGAGACGAGGCGUCUAACACUGGCGAAGAAGAAGAACCGGAAGAAGUUGAUGGCGAGGAUCCGGAUGAUGCGGCUUUGUAG